UCGUCACAUUACGCGUUACCUCGAGUCGCACAAGCAUCAGGGACGCCAGCUGCGAGCGACACGGGCUUGCGUGCGCGGCAGUCGGCGAACUCGACAUGUUUCCGCAAUUCUCCUGCAUUAUCCUCUUUAGUAUAUACAUGUGGGCAUAACUGUCAAAGAGAAGCAGCAGAACCUGUGUCGAGCCGUGCAAACUUUGUGAGGGCUCGAAUUGGGCGCUCCAGAAACGCCGCGCCAUUGAAUGGACAUGUGCCCAUCAUCACGCGUUGCUGUUAGCAGUCAUAGCAUGGGUGCCGCCUCGGCGCCGGCCAAGGCUGCCGCACGCCUGGCUGGCUCCACCGCCCCGCGCGCAGCCACGCCACCCGCGCCCAUCGCCCCUGCCCGCGCCAGCCGCGGCGCCCGCGGCGCCGCCGGCAGCCUGCGGCAGUUCAUGUGGCCGGCGGCGGUGGCGCUCAGGGCCUCACACGCCACGCAGGGGGCAGCAGCCGCGGCGGUAGCCGCAACAGGCGGCGGCGCCUGCUGCCCCCUAGGCAGGGGUCCCAGGCUGACGCCCCCCGGCGGCACAGGCCGCGUGUCACUAUCGCCGCUGUCGGCGCUGCCGCCGCCGCGAGCGCGCCAUGUGGCAUGGGUGCCGCCGCCGCCGCCGCCGCGCGCUGCAGCGUUGGCGGCAUCGGCGGCGCCGCCCUGGCCGGCGGCAGCGGAGUCGGCGGCACCCGGGCCGGCCCCUGGACCCGGGCCGCAUGAGGCAGCAGGGGGCGCAGGGGGGACCGGUGGAGCCGGUGCUGCCGCCGCGGAUGCCGCCACGGGUGCAGCGCGUAGUGGUGGUGGCAGCGGCAGCAAGGGCGAUGACGCAGGGCGCGAUGGCGACGGCGGGCGAAAGCGCAAGGGACGGAACAGGAAGAAGAAGAGGAAUGCGGAAGCUCGGGCGGAGGCGGAGCCGGAGCCAGAGCUGGGGAGUGGCGGCGGCGACAGCGGGUCAAUUGAAGGGCGGGAUCGGGGGACGGGGCAGCCGAGCAAGCAGCGGCAGCAGCCGGCCCGGGCGGAGCGGCAAGAGGAUGAGCGGGCGGAGGCGCAUGCGCGGGCGGAGUCGGCCCAGCCGCUGGUGGAGCGCAUCCGCGGCUGCGAGUCUCUGGCGGCGCUGGUGGCGCUGUACAAGGAGACGCAGCGCGCCGCGGCGGCGGCGGCGGCCGCGGCCGCGGCGGCCGAGGAAGCGGAGCAGGAGGCGGCGGAGGCAAGGGGCAAGGGCGGUGGCGCGCGGCAACGGGCGUAUCCGCAGGCGCAGGGUCAGCGGGGUGGAGGGCAGGCGGCGGCGGCGGCGGCGCAGGUGGCUCUGCCGGCGGCCCUUGUGUGGGCGUUCCUGGCGGCGGCGGCGGAGCGCGUGGCGGUGGCGCGGCGGCACUGGCGGGAUGCGCGGCGGCGGCGGCGCAGCGGCCGGCAGGUGGACACGCCGGCGGCGGUGCAGCAGCAGCUGUGCUGGCUGCUGCCCGAGGCGUGCGGUGUGGUGCUGUGGGCGGAGCGCCUGCCGCCCGCCAAGGUGUGCCUGCUGCUGUCGCUCAUGGCGGCGGCGGCGGCGCCGCAGGGCGCAGCAGGCCCUGGAGGUGGCGGCGGUGGCAGUGGAGGCCUGGCGCCGUACCCGCGGGCAGAGCAGCACUUGCGGCUGCUGGCGGAGGACAGCCUGAACAGCCUGGAGUCGUACGGCAGCGGCCAGGUGGCGGCGGCGGCCAGUGCCAUGGCGCGACUGAGGUUCCACCCGGGGGCGGGCUGGGUGGAGGUGAUGCUGGAGGCCACCUCGGGCCAGCUGCGCUCCUGGCGCCGCCCCGCCGACCUGGCCUUCCUGCUGUGGGCGCUGGCCAAGUGGCGGGCGGCCCCCCCGGCCGACUGGCUGUACGAGUGGUACGAGGCGUUUGAGGGCAUGGGCGAGCGCAUCUCCGAGGCCGACCUGGCCAUGGUGUGCUGGGCCCUGGGCGUGGGCGCCUCCGCCUCGGCAGCCCCGGCGGCAGUAGCAGCAGCAGGCGGCGGCGGCGGCUCGGCAGUAGCAGCAGGAGGCGGCGGCGGCGGCGGCGGCGGCAGCUGGGCGCGGCCGCCGGACUCGUUCCUGCGCUACCUGCAGAUGGAGGCGCAGGUCCGGCUGCCCGAGCUGACACCCCAGGCGCUGGCGCACGUGGCCUGGGGGCUGUGCUGCUGCGCGGGCGGCGCGGCGCGGCCGCCACCCGGGUUCUGGGUGCGAGACCUGUGCGAGGCGGCGCGGGCCGUGUUCCCCUUCUCCCGCUCCGGCCUCACCUUCUCCAACCUGCUGUGGGCGCUGGCGGCGUGGCAGGCCGCCUACGCACCCGGACCCGACUGGCUGGGGGAGGCCACAAAGCAGUCCGCCCGCUGGCUGCACACGCUGGACGGCCGCGGCCUGGCCGCCCUGCUCACCUCCCUGGCAGACCUGCUGCCGCCCCCGCCGGCAGCAGCAGGGGCUGCAGGGGCAGCAGGCGGCUCCGGCGGACAGCAGCGGCAGCAGCAGCAGGGGCAGGUGGCGGGCGCGGCGGGGUGGACGCCGCCGGCGGCCUGGGUGGGGCUGGCGCUGGAGACGGCGCACAGGCUGCUGCCUGCCGGCCUGGACCCGCCCUCCGCAGCCGGCGUGCUGUGGGCCGUGAGCCGCUUCGAGCGGGCCCGCGCCGCCGCGGCUGCAGCCGAGCAGGCCGCAGCAGACGGCAGUAGCAGUGGCAGUAGCAGCGGCAGCGGCCGGCUACUGCCGUACCGGCGGCGGCGGCUGUCCAGCCUGGAGCCCGAGGAGGUGAUGGCGCUGGCAGACGACAUAGGGCUGCUGAGGAGCCUGGGUGGCAGUAGCAGCAGCAGUAGCAGUAGCAGCGGCGGCGCGGCUAUAGCAGGAGACGGAGGCGGCGGCGUGCUGCUGCGGCCGCCGCGGGCUUGGCUGGUGCGCUACAGCCCGCUCAUUCAGGACCUGGCGCUGGCGGCGGCGGGCGUGCUGGCGGCGCCGCCACCGCCGGCUACUGCUGCUGCGGCGGCGGCGGCGGCUGUAGCAGCCCAAAAGGCGGCAGGCGGCGGGCGGGCUGUGGGCUCCUCGGGGGGCCACGUGGGCUUUGGCUCAUCCGGCCCCGCCGCCGCGGCGACUGCUGCCAGCGGCAGUAGCAGCGCCAGCACCAGUGGCAGUAGCAGUAGCAGCCAUGGCAGUGGCAGUAGCCGGCCGGGGCGGCUAAGCCCCUGGUCGGGCGCGUUCGCGGCCCUGGACGCCAACCAGAUGCUGGACCUGGCGGUGGCCCUGGCCGACCUGUACGUGUACCCGGGCGACGACUGGAUGGGCGCGCACGAGCACCGCAUGGCGCAGCUGGCGGGAGGCGGCAGUAGCAGCAGGGGCGCCGGCAGUAGCAGUAGCAGCGGCAGCAGUAGCAGGGGCGGUGGCAGGGGCAGUGGGGGCGGGGGGCUGAGUCCCUUCCAGGCGGCGCUGCUGGGGGCGGCGUACGGGGCGCUGGAGGAGGUGUGGGAGGGCUAUGCGGCGCCCAGGGCGGGGGAGCGGUACUGAGGCGUGAUAUGAGUAUAUGACCUAGGGAGGAGGGUGUGUGUGCCCAACGACGUGAGUGCCGGUGGUCAAGGAACCGUGGGGUGGCGGCUGAGGGUGGCAUGGAUCAGUCUAGUAGAGGUGUGCGUAGCGCGUGUGGGUGAGGAGGCACAGCUGCACACGGGGGUGCUGGCUGUCAAUGUCAUAGUAGGUGUGGGGGCGGCAGAGGGAGUCUCAGGGCUUUGCCAGUGUUGCCAGUGUCAGUGGAGGAGACGACCACGUUUACGGACGUGUGCCUGUUGGCCUUUACGGUCUGCUCUAAGAGAGGCGAUGGGCUUAGUUUCGUUACUGUGGAAAGGGACGCACACUCCCAACCUCCUGACGCAAGGUGUCAUCGGCACGUGUGUGGUGUGGUGUGUGGUUUGUGUCCAGUCGCUCUGUCUCUGUUUCCAGGCAGCGACGCGUCGCGCGCAUGGUGACGCACCGCACUGCCCGCGGCCCCGGUGGAACGCAUCAGCAACAU